GUUAAGGGCGGGCGGUGCUCCGCUGCUCCCCUCCACUUUUUUCUUCUCCAUUUUAGCGCUCCAACAUCGCCGACUACAUGCCUAAAGCGUGACAGUAAACUGGUUCGGCUGGGUGACGGGAAGAAAGGAAAAGAAAAAAAAAAACAAACAAUGUGUCAGAACACUGGCUCGUGUUAGAGGAGCGACUGAAGACGCGACGACCGGAAACACGGCGUGAUGGCCCGUUUGGACUUCAAACGACGGGAACCGUGACGAUGACCUGACGUUCGCUCGCCAGGAAUAUGGCGCGUCGCUCUCAAUGUUCUUCUGCCGGGGAUAACCCCCUGAAUCCCAACUACCUUCCUCCUCACUAUCGCGAAGAGUACCGUCUGGCAAUUGACGCACUGAUUGAGGAAGCGCUGGAAGGAUAUUAUGAGUUUCUCCAAAAAGCUGAUGUGGUGGACUUCCUGUCCACACGUGAGAUCCAGUAUAUUCAGGACUCAGUGCACGUUCCCCAGCAAAGCACCGACCAAGAGCAAACUUUUGUGGAGAGUGAAGGAGACAGUUCUUCAGACACUUAUUGGCCUGUCUACUCUGAUCUGGAUGCCCCCGGACUAGAUCUUGGCUGGCCCCAGCUGCAUCGUUUUAGUGGGCCCACGGAGGUCACCACUCUGGUUAACCCCCCCGAGCCGGACAUGCCGAGUAUCAAGGAGCAGGCCCGGCGACUUAUCAAGAAUGCUCAGCAGGUGAUUGCCAUUGUAAUGGACAUGUUUAGUGAUGUUGACAUAUUUGCCGACAUUUUAAACGCUGCCAUGAGGAACGUUGCCGUCUAUAUUCUUUUAGACGAGCAGAAUGCACAACAUUUCAUGAACAUGGUGUCCAACUGCAGAGUAAAUCUCCAAAGUAUCCAAUUUUUACGUGUGAGAACUGUGUCUGGCAUCACUUAUCACUGCCGGUCAGGGAAAUCCUUCAAAGGUCAGAUGAUGGAUCGCUUCUUGCUCACAGACUGCAGGGCCGUACUGAGUGGGAACUACAGCUUCAUGUGGUCUUUUGAGAAACUACAUCGUUGUAUGGCACACCUUUUCCUUGGAGAGCUUGUAUCGACUUUUGAUGAAGAAUUUCGGAUCCUCUUUGCUCAGUCCCAGCCGUUACUGACUGAUGUGUCUGUUCCGAUGGAAGACAUUGGCAUUUUAAAGAGGCAAUACCCAAGCAAAAGAACGUCACUCAUGUACAGAGAGUCCAGAAAGUUGGUACCAAUGGACAUGUCUCAUUCACAGGAUUGGGCUAAACCAUCAUAUGAUGAACCAAUGGAAACUGACUGGAGAAUGUUGCAUCUCAAAAGGAAUGAAUCUUUGCAUGGCCCUGUUGAUAUGUACAGUCGAUUUCCAUCACAGCAGUCAGGAACGGAGCAGCAAUCUCACUCCAAGUUUCCCAUGAAAGAAAGCCCUACUUUGAAACGCCACAUUCAUGCUGAAGGUGUUCAUGGCAGGUACAAUUACCCAUUCCCAACUCAAACCACAGGAGACAGGAUGUUUCACAGAGGGUCACAGCAAAAUAUGGGGCCAGGUCCUGAAGUUGAUUGUAGGGGCCCUGAAAAUUUCUGGGGCCAAAACUAUCAUUCAGCAGAUCAGUAUUUGGAACCAAGCUUACCACGAGAGAAUGAGGCAUUUGAUAACUUUGACCCCGUGCUUAACUAUUUAUCAUCCACCAGAAAUGUGGACUUUGAAAAUGUACCAGAGAAAUUUCAACCUCCUGCAGAUUUACCAUCAAGUUUAUCUCAGGCUAAAAUAGAUGACAAGCAGUUUUUCCAGGAGCCUAACACUGAUCGCAAAGACCCCAUGGUAAAGCGGGGUUUAAGGAACUGGAGAAUUAAUUCUUACCUCAGUGCAUAUGAUAAUACAGGAGAUGAAGGCCUGCAAUUGAUAGGACCGCAGCCAUCAGAUCCUUUUGAGGAGCCUUCCAACCCAGUACAGACAACAGCACCAGUCAUAGAUUUUUCAAUUCCUAAAAUUCCAAAUGUCCGAGAGUUUAAGAUUACUGCCGUUCCGAGAGUAAGUCAGUUGCCAAGUUAUGCCAAAGCUUUUGCGGUGGAACCAGGGCAGUCAAAUAAGUUGCCAGAAGAAAGUACUGCUGUGACAGCUGACACCAAAACAACACCAACACCUUCAGAAUCUUCAUCAACAACUGAAGGGGAGAAAUCAGAAGAGGCAGAACAAAAGGAACCUAGUACUGCUGUUCGAAAGGAUGAGUCAUUUAGGAGAAAAUACAAUGCAGCAAUGCCAAGAGGCUCAAGGUUAAGAUCAUCUCUGAUAUUUAACUCUUUAGACCAGCAUACAGCAGGGCAACAAGAUGAGGAAAGUGAUAAAAAUGACAGCGAGCAGACAAAACUACCCUUUGUUUCUCAGGGUUUUGGACACAGAAGAUCAGCUCCAAGAGAAUCUUGGACCCGUUACUUAAAGUCAUCCACAUUUGAUAGCUCUGUGCGAGACGCCUCCGAGCAAGAAGGAAAAAAUAAGGGUAAAGAUACAUCAAAGCAAGAUUUAAAUAAUUCCCCAGAAAAUCUACAGGUACAAGAACCGUUAAAAUUGCCAGGUAUUGAACAACAAAAGGUUUCUCCAUCACCAUCCAGAUUGAAGCGCUCUGAAUCUGAUCUGGCAAAAACUGAUCAACCAAACAAGUAUUUGGUCAACAAUCCAUUGUCUGUCGAUAUGAGUGAUCCUGAUCAAAGAUUAAUGUUUUUCAAAGAGCUGGCAGCAAAACGCAAGGCUGCUAAGGUUGCUGAAGCUGAAAAGAGAACAGAGAAGGCUCCAAUAAAAACACCAGCUGAUCUUGACAAUGUUACUGUUGAAAAGGAGGACUCCAUUAUGCCAAAUGAUGGAAAGAAAGGUGAUACGACAUCCCAAAUGUCAGUUUCAUUAUCAUCAAGUGUGAUUAAACAAGAUUUAAGUCAAACAAAAUCUACAGAACUGGCUGUUAAUGUCAGUGAUGAGGCAAACAAGCAAGAGGGCAAGGUCAGUAAUCAAACAGUUAUCUCCCACAGAUCAAAAAAUGAGCAACCAAGAGUCUCAAGUAAUUUGAAAGAGGAAGAUUUGGGGAAGAGCCAAACAGCAGCAUCUUUAUCUGUUUCUGCAGAAACUGAAGCGCUUCAAUGUGAUUUUGAAGACACAGAGCUUCACAAAUCUGCCUUGAGUGAGUGCAGCUCUGGUCAACAACACUUUUUAACAAAAGAAACACAUGCUAAUCUUCCAUCCCUUAAGCGUGGUACCGACAAAAGUUCAUCAUUAACUCAUAAGUCUACCUCUGAUGACGCCACUUUAUUUAUUCCCGAUUUGGGGGAUUCAGCAUCAUCUACUGCUUCGACCAUAGUUACUUCUCACAUCCAAACUCAAGACUCAUCACACUUCAUGACUAAUGUGGAAACUCUUCCUCUGGCAUCAAAAUCUAGCAAAGUAGCACAACCAGAUUCACUAACCAUUUCUAAUCGUCAAACCACAUCCAGUCCUCAUGACUCUAACAUAAGCUCACGUAGUUUAGAGUCCCCAACUUGUGACAAAACAAACCUAGAUGAAUCUGUUAGUUUUCCCCCACUAAGAACCACCGAAUCUACUGAGGACAAAUCAUCCUCUUUCAUGCAGAGAGAAGCAGAGUCUUCACAAGACCAGGCAGAUUCUGUUUCAGUGUCGUUGGUGCCUGACAGUACUCAUUCAUUAUGUGACUCUGCAUAUGAGCAAUCUGGUGUUUUCCACAAAAAUUCUGCAUCUGGUUCAGAGUCAAUCUCAUCCUCAUUACAACCUACUAUUAAGACAAACACUGAAAAAACGUGUUCUUUUUCACGUGGUUCCCAAAAUGUUUCUUCAUUAGAAAACAAUUCAGGAACUAAUCCAGUAUUAGAUGAGUCUAGGUUGUCACCCAUUGUUGUUCCUUCAUCCCUCAGACGAGACAAAUGCGACCUCCCAAUUCAGAGUCUUACCUCGUCACCAUUCAAAUCCAAUAUAUUUGGUGUACAAAGUCAUUCUAAAUCUAAUGAAAAAGAAGCCCACAUUACUACACCCACUCUAGACUUAUAUCAAGAGCCACUAAGACAAACCAAUUCCUUGUCUGAACCGAACCUAGCAGGAUCUUCCACUCCUGCUGGUUCAGAUUUAUGUUCGACUGCGUUAGUUCAAUCUGGUUUCCCUUCCCUCACUGAAAGAGCAGAAAGUAUUGUGCCAGCAUUGCAUUGGUCCUCUGGCAGUCCAUCUGACACAAACAAAGGUACAAUUCAGUCUACCUCAAUUAUCACAUCUGUUAUGGCUGAGCCUGCUCUGCCCCACAAAGAUCUCAACACUGAUAAUUCAGGAGCCAGCUCAUCAAAGUUUGUUGAUAGCAAAGAUUCUAAAUUGCCUAUUCCGUGUGAAAAUAAACCCAAGGACAGUGAAAUUUCGAAUCUAGUUAACAAGAGUAUCUCACAGCAGUCUGGAGGGCAUCAUAAAUGUUCUGCGGUUACAUCAGAGGAGGCUGUACCUUUGUCCCAACAAUCCAAGCAGCCAAAGUCCAGCCAGUCUCGCUACCACUCAUCGACGGUUGGCGUGCUUUCUAGCAGCAACCUCCGAGAUGAUACAAAGCUGCUGCUUGAACAAAUUUCAGCAAAUAGCCAAAGUCGGAACGAGUCGACCAAGGAGUCAUCUGUCACUGAUGACGAAAAAGAAGAUGGAGCUGACAAAAAUGCCAAAAGGGAAAAAGAAAGCGAGAUUGGGUCACUAAGCAGCAGUCUGCCAAAGUUAUCUCAGGACCGUGACAAGCUGCUGGAGAAACUUCAAAGUAUGAGGAAGGAAAGGAAAGUUUACAGUCGCUUUGAUAUGAAUCCAUAAUUGGGAUCCUGAAAACUGAGAGAAAAGAUUAGAGACUGAGGUACACUGUUAAUCCAACAUGCUGACUCAGACAUUUACAUGAUUACGAAAGAUCAAUAGGGUAGGAUUUCUAUUUGUCCAUCACUAUCACUCUAGUCAGCAUUUGAGUGUGUUUACUGACAGUUGACUGUGCAUAUGUAUGUGACAAAACGUUUUAAUGACACGGAUGGGUAAAGUGCAAUUAUUACAACUGAUUUGUGGUGCCCUGUACAGUUCUUUGCUUUUUUUUUUUCUACAGUGGCAUCCACAACACAUACAAUACUGUUUAAGCAGGAAAAAAUGAUACAGCUUUUGAUGGCUUGUUUCUUAAAGAAUAAUGAUCACAAGAGACUUGAUUUCAUAGCACGUGGGUCUGGAAAAUGUAACCAUACAACUUCUGAUCAAUUGGCUGGUUAAACUCUAGCUCACCAAAUAGAAGUCAGUUCUAUCCUUGUGAGUGCAGAAACAGAACUUGUUGCAAAGUAUCAUCUGCCAUCUAGUGGGUCAUCUUUUCACUGCAGCUUUCACUCUGUAACGUUAUUCUCAUAGAACGCGAACAGGCAAACCACUAAGUUGCUACGUUGGUAAGUUCUCGAAAGUUUUUCGAAGGUUUUUAGAAAAGAAAUUAGAAAGAAUAGAAAUAGAUACCACAGCUGUAUGUUUAUCUUCAUAUAUCUAGAAUAGGUAUUUAGUCCAGUAACAUUAAUCACAUUUGAAAACCCAACCCAAGUGAGGACUUUAUGUAAUAGAAACAACAGCAUCUUGAACCUCAUAUCGCUUAGUAACCAAAAUAAAGUUUUGAGUAUUUCUUU